CUAGAAGGCCGACCAUGGGCCGACCAACGAAUCAGCAGCCACUGCGGUUACAAAAUGCCGCGACGGUCACUGAAGUUCCAUGGAAAAUGUGCAAAUGAGCUUUAGAAGGAAACAGGACCAUCGUGAUCACCGUGUCCUGUUCUAAAAUGGGUGUUGUUGAGGACGGAAAUCGAAGGCUUGUCGAGGAGGUCUACGAUUUGAUAAAAGACAUUCGUGAUCCUGAGAAGCCUCACACACUGGAAGAGCUCGGUGUUGUGUCUGAGGAGGAGAUAAGCGUCAACACUGAUAGGGACGCCUACAGUUAUGUGAGCGUCACCCUAAUACCGACCGUGCCUCAUUGCCACCUCGCUGCCAUCAUUGGGCUCUGCGUAAGGACAAAGCUUGAGGAAAACUUGCCUUACAAUUUCAAGCUUGACAUCUUCAUUAAGGAAGGUUCUCACACAACUGCUGCUGAAUUGAGCAAGCAGAUCAAUGACAAAGAAAGAGUAGCCGCAGCAAUGGAAAACAAGAACAUUAAAGACAUGGUGCAGAGCUGCGUCUCCUACGAGACCAUGUAAAGGACUCUUCAGCUACGCUCACAUGCGACCAGUAAACGAUUACUUUCCCAUUUCAGUCAGCUGAAACUACAAGGCGACAAGAAAAGUUUCCAUCUGCUUGAUGUUUUUGCGGCCCAUGUCUUAAUAUUAAAUACCGCAAAUUAUUCACAUUA